UUGAGAGCAGCUUAGGUAGUGCAACUUUCUGAACAACAACCUAAAUACACAAAUGACCAUUCAAACUCAUACCUUUGUACAUCAUCACACUCUCCGUGCAGGUUGGGCAUUGUGUUGUUUGGCGUGACAGUGUGGUAUUAUUCUAGGCUUUGUGUGGGUCUGUAUUGUUCUCAUUUGUUGAAUGGGGGUAGAGUGGUGAUGCUGUAGGGCACUGCUUUAUGCUGACUCUGACCUGUGAAAAUGGAAGGGACCGAUAUGGCCCUAUGACCAAUCCACAGAUAGAGAGAAGGAGGAGACAGAGGAACGGCAUCACCAACGCAGGUUCCAGGAGAGCAUAGACUUGGAAAUGGACUAAAUUACUUCUAAAUUAAAGACACAACAGGCUAAGUGUAGUCAUGCAGGAGAAUCCAGGCUCCGUAGGUGUGGAUGGGGGAUACGCCAGCAAUGUACCUGCUUUCCUCACUAAACUCUGGACUUUAGUGGAGGACCCAGAGACAAAUCAUCUGAUCUGCUGGAGCUCUACUGGCACCAGCUUCCAUGUUUUUGACCAGGGCCGAUUUGCCAAGGAGGUUCUGCCCAAAUACUUUAAGCACAACAACAUGGCAAGCUUCGUACGGCAGCUCAACAUGUAUGGCUUCAGGAAGGUGGUGAAUAUUGAGCAGAGUGGGUUGGUGAAGCCAGAGCGAGAUGAUACAGAGUUCCAGCAUUUCUGCUUCCUUCAGGGCCAUGAGCAGCUCCUUGAACACAUUAAGCGCAAGGUGUCGAUAGUGAAGAGCGAGGAGACCAAAGUGCGGCAGGAGGACUUGAGUAAACUGCUCUAUGAGGUGCAGAUGCUUCGCAGCCAACAGGAGACCAUGGAAAUGGAGAUGCAGGAUAUGAAACAGCAGAAUGAUGUCCUAUGGCGGGAGGUGGUGUCACUGAGGCAGAACCACACACAGCAGCAGAAAGUCAUUAACAAGCUGAUUCAGUUCUUAUUUAGCCAGAUGCAGUCCAACACUCCCAGCACUGUGGGAAUAAAGAGAAAGCUUCCUCUGAUGCUGGAUGAUGGCUGCUCUCCUCCUCCUGCCACCAAAUUCAGCCAUAGUCACUCCAUGGAGCCCUUGCAAGAAUCUUUUUAUAUUCAGUCGCCAUCCACAGAAACUGCAUCAUGUUCCACUAGCAGUGCAAUGACGGGAGGGCCAAUAAUCUCUGAUGUCACUGAAAUGUCCCAGUCCAACGCCAUGGCUUUGCAAAUGCAGCCAGAGGAAUUAAGGGAAAAGUGUCUGAUGCUAAUUAAGGAAGAGCCAGUGAGUCCUGGGGUGCAGACACGAGGGGAGGGUGUACCAUUUGGCUCCUGUGAGGUGUGUGAUGAGCCCCCAGUCCUUCCUGUUGCCAUGGUACAGUCCGUCCUGGAGGGCCGAGGAUCUACCCUGGGAGAGAGAAGGGCCAAAAGACCCAUACUGGAAAGACCAGAAAUACCUGAUAGCGUGGAUAAUGUGGACAUGAAUUUGGAGGACUUACAGCUGCUUCUGAGGAGUCACCAGCAGAGCACUGAACCCACUGCUACAGGAAUAGAUCCCUUCACAUUUAGUCUGCCUUUAAAUGAAUGGAACUUUACAGAAAUGGACCCAACCCUGAAAUCAGAGUUGGCUAGUGCUCUUAUCCCAACUGUAUCCCAGUACAUGUUUCAGGAUCAGGAAGCAGAGGCCUUCCCUACUGCUGGCUACGAGGAACAGUGAAGCCCUGAUACAACAGCCAGCACAGAUCCCUCGUGAUAUUUAUUCAGAGGGACCCGUUUGAAACCAUUGCACUUGGAUUGCAAGUUAACUCAAAACAUCAGAGAAGAAUGUUGAAAUUAAACUGGAUAUAGGGGACAUAUAAAGUUUUACUGACCAGCCCUUUAUGAAGAUCAUUACUUGCUUAAUAGGUCAUUGAUGGAAGGUGCAUUUUUACAUCGUUUGCAGCAACAUAUUCCAUGGGAAUCAACUCAUCAACGCAUCAAGUUUUUCCCAGGAUGAAUGCAAAUAUUUUUCAUUCUUUGGUAAGAUUUAAUGCCAAGCUGAAGGAAUAUAAAGCAUUCCCUUCCCCAUGGUGAAUUGUAAGAUGUAAUUGCAGUCAGGUUUAAAUGCACUUUAGUCUGUGUGUUGGAGUUUCUGCUUUGUGGAGAUUGAAUUUUCCUCUAUUUAAAUGUAAAAAGAUUCACAUAUUUAGUUCAAAUAAUGAACCGCACAUUUGUAUUUCAUAAAAAGUACAGGUUCAAUCAUAUUAAGGAUGUAUUAAUGUGAGAGGUCUAGGGGCUAGAAAACUGAAAUAAUGCACUGCUUUUUGCACAAUUAGUGUUGUUAUUCUAUCAAUAAUAUUAGCUGAAUUAGAUUAAGACAUGAAGUAUCUUUGUUUCUAUUCUAUCCUUUAGUUGAUCAGCUGAAUUUACAGAUGUCGUUGAUACACUUAUAUAUUGUGUGAUAUUUGCCCUCAUUAGACACAGAUGUAUUGACCACAUUGGUUAGAUGCUAAAGGAGACACUGAAACCUUUAACACAAGCACUAUAGUUAUGUGAUAUUUAUAUUUUUAAAUAUUUAAUUCAGUGUAUUUAAACUGUUUUUUUAAAACCCAGACUAUCAACAAAACAUGAACAUAUAACAGUGACAGUGUAAAAUGUGU